AUGACCGUCCAAAGCGUUAUCACCCUCGGCGGAACCGCCUCCCACAUCACGGUGGGCAAGGUUGCUCAUGGUCUUAUGAUGAUGACAUGGACCCCGAACCCCGUCCCCGACGAGAUCUGCUUCGAAGCCAUCAAGGCAGGCGUGGACGCUAUGCCGUCUGGUGUCAAAAUGCUCUUGAACAGCGGCGAGUUUUAUGCGGUAGACUUUAGUACGGCGAACCUCGAGCUCCUGGCACGAUUCUUUGAAAAGUAUCCCGAGUAUGCGGAGAGGACCUUCCUCUCAGUCAAGGGUGGUGGCAAGGCAGAGGGCUUCCCUGUCACUGACUCCCCAGAAAACCUCAGGCGUAGCGUGACUGCCGUUAAUACCGCUCUGCGCGGUACCAAGAGGCUUGACCUCUUCGAGUGUGCCCGCGUCGACCCAAACUAUAGUGUCGAGCAGACCAUCGGGAUCCUGUCUGGCUUCGUCAAGGAGGGUCUGUUCGACCACAUCGGCAUGUCUGAGUGCAGCGCAGAGUCACUCCGGAAGGGUAACGCGGUGCAUCCGAUUGCUGCGGUCGAGAUCGAGGUCAGCCCGUGGUCUAUUGAGCCGGAAACGAAAAAUGUGCUCAAGACCGCCGAAGAGCUCGGUGUCGCUGUUGUUGCAUACUCGCCUCUCGGACGUGGCUUUCUAACCGGCCAGAUCAAGAAGUUCGAGGAUCUUCCAGAGGCAGACGUGCGGCGGCACUUAACGCGCUUCCGCAACCCCGAAUACUUCCAGCACAACCUCAUCUUGGUCGACAAGCUGACCGAAAUUGCACAGAAGAAGGGCAUUACAACCUCUCGACUCAGUAUUGCAUUCGUCAGUUCCUUGGGGGACAAAGUAAUCCCUCUUCCUGGAUCCUCACACGUGAAGCGCACGCUGGAGAACACAUACUCCGCAGACGCGAAGCUGACGAAGGAAGAAUCCGAUGCGGUCUGGGAAAUUAUCAACAACUACGAGGUGAAGGGCGAUAGGUACCACGGAGCGGACCCUAAGGCCAGCCGCCUCUGGGGAUGA